AUGGAGAGCAUCGAUGAGUUGCCAGAUGAACUGCUCGUGAAGAUAUUGGCAUCGCUUCCUAUGUUUAAAGAGACUGUAGCAACAACUCUCAUAUCAAAACGUUGGCGGGAUCUUUGGAAACUGGUGCCGGAUCUCAAGUUUGAUGAUACAUCGUUUGAGAGUACUGGUGAGACUUUUAUCAGUUUUGUUCAUACAUCUUUGGUGUUAAAGAAUCAAACUAUAGAGAGACUGCAUCUCAAGCUUAGCCGAAACUAUUUGGCUUCAAUCAUCAAUCAUUUGGUUCAAGCCGUCGUUGAUCGAUCUGUGAGAGUGGUGAGACUCGACCUGUCUGGCAAAACCCUAAAAUUACCAAGUUGCUUGAGUACUUGCAGAACCCUAGAAACACUGAUACUUUGUGAAACAAGUAUCGAGGGUGUCCAACAAUCGUUUUGUUUGCCAUCACUCAAAACUCUACACCUUUCAUCGGUUAAGUUCUCGGGGUACCAAUCUGUUGCAAGUCUUCUACAAAUCUGUCCGGUUCUUGAAGAUUUGGUUUUCUCUGCCGACAUAAAUGUUGCAAGUCUCUUAGAGAUUUGUCCAGUUCUCAAAGAUUUGGUUGUACACCGAACCAAAGUCUUCAACGUUGAAGUGUUUAAGUUGAGUACUUGGGUGACCCUAAAAUCACUGAAACUCCGUGACCUAUGUAUGGAGAUAUUUCCGUAUCGGUUAUACUUGGCAUCACUCAAAACUCUGCACCUUAUAUCAGUUCAGUUCACGGUCGACAAAUAUGUUGUAAGUCUCUUACAAAUUUGCCCUGUUCUUGAACAUUUGGUUGUAGACCAAACCAGCACAGCAGUCUUCAAUAUGAAUGUGCCUAGUUUGAUUGCUUACGGAACCCUAAAAACAUUGAUACUCCGUGGACUAGGUAUCCAGGUUGUUCCACAAAGGUUCCAUUUGCCAUCACUCAAUACUCUGCACCUUAUCUCGGUUAGGCUCUUGGGCGGCGUAACUGUUGCAAGUCUUUUAACAAGGUGUCCUGUUCUUGAAUGUUUGAUUGUAAGCGAAACCAAUGAGAAUGUGAUGAUAUCCAAUAUCGAUGUGCCUACUUUGAGGAACUUAUAUAUCAAGACCUUGACUAUGGAUGACUGGAAAGAGACACAUGAGAAACGCACCUACUAUGUUGCGGGGAGUCAUGGCUUUGUGAUAAAAGCUCCUUUAUUGACAGAACUGAACUUUGAGGAUACAAUAAGUAAUUUUCUAGUGUUUGAAUCUAUGCCUCAGGUGAUCAAAGCGAACAUCGAGGUUAUUUAUCACCAAUCUGAGAACUUCAUAGGAUCUCUUACCUCAGUCCGACAUCUUUCUCUUUGUACUCUAGCUUCAAUGACUCCAUAUCCUAAAGGCACUUCCUUAUCCUCUCUUAAACACCCAGAGCUAUGUACAUGUUCUGAGGGAUGGCCAAAUCAACUUGUGUGUAUGCUCAAUGACGCUCCCAAAGUUCGAUAUCUUAAGCUUAAGUCGAAACAUAGUGCCAGUGACAGUGAACUGAUGAACCUCUGGAAAAAAACAAAAGCUGUUCCCAAAUGUUUAUCGAAGCAUCUAGACUUGGAAUGGAAACAAUAUGAAGGCACAGAGCAACAGAGCAGUGUGGCUGAGUACAUAUUAGCAAACGCUAGUUGUCUAAAGACGGCGACAUUCUCGUUAAGUUGUAGAAACAGAAAAUAUCGCAAAAUAAAGAAGUUAAAGUCUAUGGGCAGAGUUUCAAAGACAUGUCAGCUUGUGUUUGACUAA